UUUGUCCCUGACGUUGCGCGCACGCUCAGUUCUGCUCACAGGUUAUUCAUUAUAAAGGCACAAGUCGUUUCGUCUCUUUCCACCUUCAGCCAUUUUGACAAUGUUAGGAGCUGUGGGACGCUGCUGCACCGGGGCUCUCCAGGCACUUAAGCCUGGGGUCCAGCCCCUGAAGGCCCUCGUUGGAUCUCCAUCUGUCCUUGGACGUAAGAUUUGCAAGCAUUUUUUAUUUUGCAAGGGGAGCUAAUGCAUUGGAAAAGCGCAGUUCGGAGCGGCCCUGGUAUUAGGCUAACGUUAGUUAACUUCAGCCCAAAGCAACACGCUGGCUUCCUUCACUGUAGUAGGCCUCACUUUUUAAAUCUAUAAUUUCGUCUACUGAUUUAAUAUUGAACGUGAAACUUAUGUCAUGCAUUCAAUUUAAUUGUUAUACUCAUAUGUGACCCAAGUACAUAUAGCUGUGUGACAUGAUUUUUGUGCAAAUAGAAAUGACCUUUGUAUGUCAUGACAUGAGGUUUGGAGGCUCGCGCUAGCGAGUGCAUACUGUGGCUAGCUAGCCAGCUAACUGUCAUUGGAGCUAACUAGUCAAAUAGCUUAGAACGAGUAUACAUUCAUUUCUAAAUGUUUUGCCAAUUAGGUAGUAAUUUGUAAUACGUUGGCUAAAGUAGCUAGCGUGCUAUCCAUCUGACAACUAGCUAACGUUAGUUAACUGAUUAGGCCAAGUUACAAAAAUACAAACGUCACCUUAGCUUUCAAUUUGGUUGGCUUGACUUUUGUUGUUCUUCGAAGGGAGUCGUUUUCUAUGAAUUUGGUAACUAACUAGCUGAUUACUUUAAUGGCUGAGCUGUAGCUAAUUCUGCUACACAACAUGGCCGAAAAUACUUGACAUUGAGUUUGCUUCAGUGUUUGCUCUUGCGCACAUAGCUAGAUACACAGGUGCGGUUUGUAGGCUAGUUUGACAAUGAUCAGCCGACAUCACUGCGUGUUAUUGAUAGUUAAUUCACAACAAGGUCAUAUGGUUUUGGGACAAUGCAUGCUUACACUGGUUUACUUUUACAGGCAGAGACUACUCUGCACCUGCUGCUGCUGCCGCCUUCGCCCAUGGCAGGAUCGUAGCGGUCAUCGGUGCCGUCGUCGACGUCCAGUUCGAUGAGGGCCUCCCACCCAUCCUCAAUGCCCUGGAAGUAGCUGGGCGUGAGUCCAGGCUAGUCCUGGAGGUAGCACAGCAUCUUGGUAAGUCACUUGGCCUGCGUUUAGAGGCAGCCUAAUUCAUAUCUUUUCCCUCUCAUUGGUCUUUUGACCAAUCAGAUUGGCCCUGUGUAAAGAUAAGAAUUUGGCUACCUGUGUAAACUCAGGCAUUGCACCAACAUUGUAUAAUCAAUAACGUCCAUCUCAGAUUUGAUUGGAAUUGCAUCCCAAUAAGCUGUUAUGUGGACUUUCAGGUGAGAACACUGUGCGUACCAUUGCCAUGGAUGGUACAGAAGGUCUUGUCCGUGGACAGAAGGUUGUGGACACUGGCGAUCCCAUCAGAAUCCCAGUGGGUCCAGAGACCCUGGGCAGAAUCAUGAACGUCAUUGGAGAGCCCAUUGACGAGAGGGGACCAAUCUCCACCAAGCAGUAAGCACUUUGUCUAUCAGCCAAUUCAUAAUAGUUUUAGAAAUGGCAAUCACAACAUUUACAUAAAUAUUCAAUUAUCUCCAAGACUCCAAAAAUAGUCUCAAGACUGUCUGAAUGAUAAGCAAUUGGAAAUUGCUUGUUCAAAGUAAAGUGUUGGCUCUAAUUGUUUUAAAUUGUGUUUUUUAGUACCGCAGCCAUCCACGCUGAGGCCCCAGAGUUCACUGACAUGAGUGUGGAGCAAGAGAUCCUGGUAACUGGCAUCAAGGUGGUAGAUUUGCUGGCUCCCUACGCCAAGGGAGGAAAAAUCGGUACGCGGGACAACUGACAUCCUCAUUCUUUCACUUUUUGCAAUUAAUGAGCUAAUGAACGUUUAACGUUAAAUUGUGUCAUUUUCUAUAGGUCUGUUCGGUGGUGCUGGUGUGGGCAAGACUGUGCUGAUCAUGGAGCUGAUUAACAACGUGGCCAAGGCCCAUGGUGGUUACUCUGUGUUCGCCGGAGUGGGAGAGCGUACCCGCGAGGGAAACGACUUGUACCACGAGAUGAUUGAGUCGGGUGUCAUCAACCUGAAGGAUGACACCUCCAAGGUGAACAACUGGCUACAUUUGACAGUCAUAAGCGGGUGCUUCCAUUUUACCCCUAAGGUUGAAGCCUGCGUGGAAAUCGAAUUUCAUAAUGAGACAUCCCUGUAAUCUGUCAGUUUAAGCUAGAGAUGUUUUUUUGUUGCUUUGGAUGCGUCUGUCGCCUAUGUAAUACUUCUGCGUUUGCAGUGAAAGGUGACAGAGCUAGAGCGGUGUCUGUCAGACCAUGAGACGUCCCAAAAAUCGGUCUCUAGUGUCCGACCGGUUUGGCCUACAAACUAUUAUGACCCCUCUAUAGAAAGAUGACUCUCACAAACACGAUGGUGUUCUCAGUUUUGCUCUUGGGACUCGUCUGAAAUCGGUACAGCCGAUCUGCUAACUUCUGUCUGUAGUGUCCGAACAGUUUGGGCUACACACUAGUAUGACCCCUCUGUGUAAAGGUGAGACUCACGAACACGUACAUAUUUUGCUCUAGGAUGCCCACAGGCCUCACGACUCAUCUGAAAGUCCUCUGAUACCAGUCAAAUAAAUUAAUGGAAGUGUGGAGAUUGUUUAGUGACAAAUAUAAGGGGUUAAAUAAAAAGAACUGUUUCCUGACCUUCUCUCAGAUAUAGGACCGACACUUCAGAACAAAUUUCCUUUAGGUAAUGUCAAAAUUAAAGGCGCAAUAUGCAGAAAUCGCUCGGACAUUUCCUGGUUGCAUAAAUACGAAUAAUCUGCCUAAUUUCAGUUUGACAAAACAAGCAUAGAGAAACAUUGUACCUAAGACACAGAAAUGAAACUUAAAAACGGGAAGGAUAGAAUUGGAGCACAUAGAACAGAUCUACCACUUCUUAGACUUGCUUUCAAUGAAAAUGUCUGCUCUAUAACUCACAUUUCUGUGAAUUUGGUCAGGUUGCCCAAAAAGUUACAUAUUGCAGCUUUAAGUAGCAUAACACAUGUCUGGAAAGUUGACCUCAUUACCGACUUGAUGUUCACAUCAGCCUCUCCCCUUUAGUUUCUAUUAUGGUUUGACCUAGAUGUGUACUCUAACAGUGCCCUCUCCUCCAAACCCCUAGGUGGCGCUUGUUUACGGACAAAUGAACGAGCCCCCAGGCGCCCGUGCCCGUGUGGCUCUGACUGGUCUGACCGUGGCGGAGUACUUCCGUGACCAGGAGGGUCAGGAUGUGCUGCUCUUCAUCGACAACAUCUUCCGCUUCACCCAGGCUGGCUCCGAGGUAUCUGCCCUGCUGGGUCGUAUCCCCUCCGCUGUGGGUUACCAGCCCACCCUGGCCACUGACAUGGGUACCAUGCAGGAGAGAAUUACCACCACCAAGAAGGGUUCCAUCACCUCUGUGCAGGUAAGCUGGCAUUCAAGCAGCAUAGGCCUGUUGGAGGACCAUGCUAACAUGGCAAUUCGUAGCACCCAAUAGUCUGACAUGGCUUCAAGACUGAAAUGCAACCUGUGAAAAUAACAAACUGUCCUUUCUAAGGCCAUCUAUGUGCCCGCUGACGAUUUGACUGAUCCUGCCCCUGCCACCACCUUCGCUCACUUGGACGCCACCACUGUGCUGUCCCGCGCCAUCGCUGAGCUGGGUAUCUACCCCGCUGUGGAUCCCCUGGAUUCCACCUCCCGUAUCAUGGACCCCAACAUUGUUGGCGCUGAGCACUAUGACGUUGCUCGUGGCGUGCAGAAGAUCCUCCAGGUUAGUGUCUUGAAGCCCCCCUAGUGUAUCACUCACCCCAACCUUAUAGUUAUUUAACCUUUAUUUAACUAGGCUAGGCCUACUAUAUUUAUUUCUCAACUUUCCUAAUAUUAAGCACAUUGCUUAUCUUUACAGCAGGUGUAUAGCCUACCUGGCUGGCAUGAAAAUGAACCACGGGAAAAGCGUCCUCCAUUUUGCUAUUUAAGUGCAUAGAUAACAUGUAUUUUUUUUCCCCCUGCCCCUGUUUUGAGACAGGUGCAUGAUAAUGGUCCAUUCUAAUUCAAAACAAAUUUCACACUUAUUUAGUAUAUGACAAGACUAAAUCAAGAAUAGUAUGAUGGGUGACAAUAUUAGCCUAUCACUUGUGAAAUAUAUAUGAUCAAUUGUGAAUGAUGCCCAGUUUAAGGCUAGAAAUGCUGCAUGCCUUUGCGACUUUUUCAAAUCAGUCUGACAUCAGCCUAGCCCAUAGGCCUAUAUGUUUUGAUUAAAGUUUGUAUCACAACUAAAGUGGCCAAAUAACUUCUUUAGAAUGAAUCACAUUAAUCUGCUUUACAGCAGGUGUAGCGCCUAACUGGCAUACAUUUUCAAGUUUGGGGAGAUCAUUUUCGCCAUAAAUGCACUACUUCGCCAUAAAAGCAUUACUUGCAUAAUCACAUUGGCGGUCACUUUAGAAUGGUGUUUUCCUGCUAAUGGAACAUUCCCGCUUAUAGCCUACUGCCAAGUGCUCAUUGCUGCCUAAUUUCUCAAUGUUAAGCUAAACGUUCUGAUCUGUUGCGUCAGCCUCAUUACGUCAAAGGUUUUUUGAUGCUAGUGGUUGUGUUAAUUUGGGAUCUAUCGCAUCCCACAACUGUCCCAGGCUAUUUACAUUUUAUUCAUUUAGCAGAUGCUCUUAUUUAGAGCGACUUACAGGAGCAAUUAGGGUUAAGUGCCUUGCUCAAGGGCACAUCAACAGAUUUUUCACCUAGUCGGCUCGGGGAUUAGAACCAGCGACCUUUCGGUUACUGGCACAACGCUCUUAACCACUAAGCUACCUGCCGACUAUGUUUGUAAUAUUUAUUUCUCGUAUAGAAUAGGUCAACUUUUGUACUAUGGGGGAUAGAUUGACUAGUGCUUUUGCUGUUUGUUAGGGCUACUCAUCUUGUUGGCUGACAAAGUAAAUGUGAACAGUUCUUCCAAUAUCUUCAAUAUGCGCCUCGGAAUUGGAUAAGGAUGCCUGCAGUUGGGUCCCCGACGUGUCUGUCUGGGACUUACCCAAUCACGUGACUGAGCCAUGUGAGUGAUAGGUCCUUCGAAGCUGGGAGAAGGGAAUUAUAAUUAUAUUCAGCCCAAUGGCCACUGGCUGCAAAAGGCAUUUUUUGUUUUAGGGGGCAUUACGGCCACACAAAGGGGAUGCAGCUGGGAAAUGAUGUUCCAAAGUUCUGCAUCAGUGGCUUGUAGGCUAUGUGUGGGAGCCAGGAGAUGCUAAAUGUGUUUAUGUUCAUUAACGGUCCAUUACCGUGAGACCGGCAGUUAUGUUUGACAAUCACAGUCUGAUAAUGUCAUGACUGCCACAGGCCUAACCCUAACAUUAUGCCUUCAACUCUCCCCUCUCCCAGGACUACAAGUCCCUGCAGGAUAUCAUUGCCAUCCUGGGUAUGGAUGAGUUGUCUGAGGAGGACAAGCUGAUUGUCUCUCGCGCUCGCAAGAUCCAGCGUUUCCUGUCCCAGCCCUUCCAGGUGGCUGAGGUCUUCACCGGUCAUGCUGGCAAGCUGGUGCCCCUCAAGGAGACUAUCAAUGGCUUCCAGAGCAUUCUUAAUGGUAUGUUGUACUUGUAAUUAGGUUUAAAGGUAGACUCUGCAAUAUGACGUAGAUGCACAAAGUAAACAGCUUAGUGGGUCAAUUUCUGCAACUACUAAGUGUUGAAGCAGGUGGUUAAACGUUGCUAUUUUGGUGCCGUGGCUCCCAUGUUCUGUGAAUCGAAUCUAUAUAUAUAUAUGGAGUCUUGCAUCUCGCUCAUCGCAAUAUCUGCAGUGCUGCUCAUGGCAACGUCAUUUCGCUCAGUCUACCUUUAAACUGAUGAAUAUCCUUGGUGUUGUCGGGGUGUGAAAUUCUGAUUUGUCUUGAGCUAAGUGUAUGGUCAUUCUUUCCCUCAAGGUGAGUACGAUGCCCUGCCCGAACAGGCUUUCUACAUGGUCGGACCCAUUGAGGAGGUGGUUGCGAAGGCUGCACAGAUGGCUAAGGAUCUGGCAUAAGUUAACUGAGGGGAGGGAGAGAAGCAAAGGAUUGGAGAGUCCUGUAGUAGGAGCACUUGGUUUGUAAGAAUGUCACAUGCAACAAUUAUCUGUAUUGUCAUCCUGAAAAGUUAUAUUUAAUGUUUCCAAUGGAAUAAAGAUCUGUCUUGACAAUUUGGUUUGGUGUCUACUGUAUAUUUUGUAGCAUUUUUCAAUGUAUUGUAAUGUUGCAAUGCUAUUCCUGUCUGGGUGCUGUCAGACUGGUUGUAAAAUGUCAUCCUACAGCACUGAUCCACUAGAUGGCGUUCAAAGGCUUUGUACAAUGCAUUGGCUUGAGGAGUGACUAAAUAAAACGCCUGUUAAAGUUGAGGGAAGUUUGUCAUUCCUUGCGCAAUGUGCAGUGAUAUAUUUGUAAGAUGCUUUUUAGACCAGAAUGUGAUGCAUUUUAUUAGACCUACAGUAAUUAUAGAAUGCUUGACUUAUAGCUUGUUGGCUUACUGCUGAGACAUAAAUCAGACCUGUUCAUGUUAUAUUAAAGGUGCAAAAUGUAGAAAUCACUGCGAUUUGCUAGUAGUUUGCUUAAUUUCAUUUGUGAUAAGCAGUGUAGAGAAUCAUUGUACCAUC